UUGGGAGACAGAUUCCAGCCCGCGGGCCGGUUUGGCCUUCCAGACUAUUUAUACCCCCCACAGAUACACACAGAGCCUCCUUACCAACAUUCAGAGGCUUGAAGCCUGCAGAAAAGCAUUUAUUGAACAUCAAGUGCUGCACAACAUUUACCUCCUGCUUCUGACCCCUAAAAACAAAGGUGAAACCAUUGAAGAACACCUGUUUCCAUCGUCUGGAGUAGUGGAAGAAUCCUGUUGUGUUUUUCAUGGAGAUAAUAGAUAAAAGCUCUUUGGGCGACUCGUUGGGGGACUCGUUGGGGGACUCGUUCGGGGGUCCACGUUGGGUUAACCCGGCUGUAGGUUAAAACAUUCUUCCUUUGAUUGUAAACUAAAGCGCGGGGGAAACGGCAUCCAGCGCGGCGCGUGACGCGGCGCGACGCCGUGCGGGUCAUGUGAGCCUCAUGAGCGGCUCCGGGGCGCCGCGUCACCGGCGGAACGCGGACCGGGACGGACGUGGGGGUUUUAAACGCCGGAGCCGCGCAGUGAGCGACACGCGAGGAGGUGCGGCGACCGCAGGACGGAUAAAGACUUUUAUGUCUAAAAUGGUGACUUUCUCUUGCUUUUAAGCGACCAGUGAAGUGGCCAUUGUGCAACGGCUAACGGCUCCCAUUAUCGGACAGCUAACCAACGGAAACGGUUUACGGCGGUGCUUCCAUUAACGGACAGACCUUCUUUUCCUUCGCUUCUCUCCGCCAUUCCCCCGAAAUAUCGACGACUGAACACAACUCUCGGCCUGCGAGUGGGAGAACUUCUCUCGGUCUCUUACAGAUUGGUGACAACAUGAACCGCGUGGUGUUGUAACGAGCAGCGGCAUCGAGUCCACGAUGUCAAAGUCGCCCCUCCUGAAGGUGAUCCUCCUGGGGGACGGCGGCGUCGGCAAGUCCUCGCUCAUGAACCGCUACGUCACCAGCAAGUUCGACUCGCACCUCCUCCACACCAUCGGCGUGGAGUUCCUCAACAAGGAGCUGGAGGUGGACGGCCGGCGCGUCACGCUGCAGAUCUGGGACACGGCGGGCCAGGAGCGCUUCCGCAGCCUGCGCACGCCUUUCUACCGCGGCUCCGACUGCUGCCUGCUGACCUUCAGCGUGGACGACGGACAGAGCUUCAGCAACCUGUCCAACUGGAAGAAGGAGUUCGCCUACUACGCCGACGUGAAGGACCCCGACCGCUUCCCCUUCGUGGUGCUGGGCAACAAGCUGGACGUGCCGGAGCGGCAGGUGUCGGGGGAGGACGCUCGCCAGUGGUGCCGCGAGAACGGCGGCCACCCCUACUUCGAGACCAGCGCCAAGGAGGCGACCAACGUGGGGUCGGCCUUCGAGGAGGCGGUGCGUCGCGUCCUGGCGGCGGACGACGGGGCCGAUCGCCUGGUUCACGCCAACACGGUGAACCUGCAGAGGAAGAGUGCGCCCGACUCCACCUGCUGCUGAGCCCGAGUGGCGCCCCGCCCGAGUGACGCGCCGCCCGAGUGACCCGCCGCGGGGGCUCGCCGGGCGCUUCGUCAGUUUGGCGGAGAAAGAGGAAGUGGUGGAAGCAUUUUUUUUAGAUCAAAACUGACUGAUGUUUUGUGGCGAUGUUCAGCAUUUCCAUCACACAAGGGACUCACAAACUGCUCGGUCUUCAUUUCCUGACAUGAUGGUCCUAUUUUAGGAAUAUUCAUUUAUACCUAGCAUCAAGGGACAGUUGGUGGUUCUGAGGCUUUUUAAAGCUUUGUUUGGCGUGAGUGAGGAACUCUAUUGUAUCAGCGGCUGAAAAUACACUACUGACGAAGCUGCGGUUGCAGGUUUUAGCCCACUGAAGGAGAAGUAUUAUUGAGAUUUGGUACUUAACUUAUCUAUGUUGAAUGAAGUGCUGCAACGGUACCGAAAAUUUGGUUAAUCAAAUAACGGAUAAGAAAGUUUAUUAUUGGGAUUGACUACUUUAGGCUUAGAUUACACACUAUAUAUAUUUCACUGUCAAAGGAUUUCUGAAUAUUUUUCUUUUCUACUGCAAUGAAUUUUCUUCCUUUUAGGACAAAUGACACCGUAAAGCUUCCAACAAUGGAACUGGAGAAAAAUCAUUCUUUAUUUUGUGCUUAAAAGUUUAAACGCAGUUCCAUCUUUGUCCACGAGGUGGCGCCAGCAGCGCGUGGCUGUUCUCCACCUCAAAGGCAAAAGGCAGCAGUGUUGAAUUCAGUGGUCAGCUCUGAAAGUUCUCCUUUUCCAACAAUGGAGAUGUCAAUCAAAUCCAGCUGGUCGGCUCACAGGCGCUAACGAACCAGCGAGAGUGAAAUCAGCUGGUGAGCCAAUCAAGCCAAUUAAGCCAAUUAGCUUUCACCUGUUGCACGAGUCACUGCUUGAUUCCAGCACACAAACACUACCAACCCUCAAAAAUGUUGGAUGUUUUAUUUAUUUAUUCGUGUCACAAUUAAUUUGCCAGCUGCUUCGUGUUGAAAUAACCCGAGUAAAAUGAACAGGUCAAGUUUGAGAAUUGAUUUGUCAAUCGUGUAAAUCCUCCUCUUGCAUGUAAGGAACUCUGACUGUUUCUGGACUAUUGGUUGAGAAAAACAUAAAAAUCAAUCUGGGAAAUUUA